UUUUCUUCCCAAGAGGUCCACCUUUGACGAUAAUGCACAUGUCAAUCAUCGCGAGACUCCGCUCGUAUGGCGUGCGUAGCAACCACGGUUGCUCAAUUGCUCCGUCCCGCCCACUUACGAAGGCGACGACAUCCAACCAAUCAGCUUGGACGUUUCGUCCUCUCGUCCAAUAGGGACCAGCAUAGGGCGAGUCCCUUCCCAAGUCUUUCUGGUGUUCCGUGUGGAAAGUUUACCGGCUCGGGUGCAAAGUUUCAACCCGUCUGCAAACUGGAGACAUGGUGUUGGCCGAGUCGCUGUUUUUCGAAUGAGUUGUCUUCCAGUCGAAGUGCCGCUGCCAUUAAGGGAUAACCGUAGUGUAUGUGUAGUCGGGGGGGCUCGUAUUCUCUCACGGGGAGCCAGUUAGCUCGAGGUGUUAGCUUGAGGUGUUAGCUCGGAGUUCAUUCUAGCUAGCUAGCUUGAGCGAGCUAGUUUCUUUUUUUCAUUUGUUUUUUUUUUGCCCCCUUCUAUAACAUCACGAGCAAAAUGGCAUGUGCGCCCAAUCGAGUCCGCCUGCUGUGCAUGCUCUCGCUGACGUUCGCCUUUUUCAUUGUGGAGGUGGUGGUGAGCCGGAUCACCGCGUCCCUCUCGAUGCUGUCCGACUCCUUUCACAUGCUGUCAGACGUCAUCGCUCUAAUUGUGGCUCUGGUCGCGGUGCGCUUCGCCGAGAAGACCCAAGCGACCGACAAGAACACGUUCGGCUGGAUCCGGGCCGAGGUGAUGGGUGCGCUGGUUAACGCCGUGUUCCUCACGGCGUUGUGUUGCACCAUCGUGCUGGAGGCGAUCGAGCGCUUCACGGAGGCCCGCGAGAUCGAGCGGCCGCAGGUGCUCGCCGGAGUGGGCUUAGCGGGGCUGGUGGUCAACUUGCUCGGGCUCUGUUUGUUCCACGGCCACGCCGGCGGGGGACACGGCCACUCGCACGGGGGGAAGAAGGGCAAAGGCGCCAAGUCACACCGGGCCGGCAAUGGGACUCCUGGAGAGACGAACAAUUUGGUGGGGAACCACAGUAGCUCCACGGACGCUUGUCAAACUGACGUCAGCCCGAAAGAGAGCUCCGAGGUGCAGAUCAACGGCGGCGCUCAGUACGAGGACGUGGACAAUGACCACAAUACGUCCUCGCAGCUCAACAUGCGCGGCGUCUUCCUCCACGUGCUGGGCGACGCCCUGGGCUCUGUCAUCGUGGUGAUCAACGCUCUCAUCUUCAUCUUCGUGUGGCAGCCCUGCAACAAAGACGAACUCUGCAUCAACCCGUGCAUCGAAAGCCACGCCACCGACCACUACCACGGCAACCACACCCUGCUGGAUCUGCGAGGGAGCCCCACCGCGGCCAGCGCCAAGAUGGCGGGCCCCUGUUGGGUGCUCUACCUGGACCCCACGCUCUGCCUCAUCAUGGUGUGCAUCCUGCUGUACACCACGUACCCGCUGCUGAAGGAGUCCGCCCUCAUCCUGCUGCAGACGGUCCCCAAGCAGAUCAACAUCCACCGCCUCAACGAGCGCUUGUUGAACCUGGACGGGGUCCUGGCCAUCCACGAGCUGCACGUGUGGCAGCUGGCGGGCAGCCGCAUCAUCGCCACGGCGCACAUCAAGUGCCACGACCCCACGUCCUACAUGGAGGUAGCCAAGCGCAUCAAGGACUUCUUCCACAACGAGGGCAUCCACGCCACCACCAUCCAGCCCGAGUUUGUCACCUUCAGUUCCGAGUCCCAGGACUCCCUGUGCGAGCUCUCCUGCCGGACUCAGUGCGCCCCCAAGCUGUGCUGCGGCGCCGGCGACAAGAAGGCAGCCGGUGACCUGAGGGCCAUUGGCGAGAGCCCGGAGCCGGCCGCCGUGUCUCUGGUGCAGCCGCAGGUAAUCGUCACUUCCGAGGUGGAGUCGUCUCUGUGAGAGAAGUGGCAAGCUGGACUAACUGCUGUCGAUUAAGAUUAGAAAAUUGGCUCCGUGGUUCCCGCCUCAGACGGUCUUUCAUCGCAAGCCUCUAUCCGUAUAUCUUUUUUUUUUUCUAAAAUGAAAAAAAGUGACUGAAGACUUCAUUUGUUUUUAAACUAAAAAAAAAAAAAGUUGCCUGAUUUUUAAUCGUUACAUUUUUAGCUCCACUCAUAAAAUGAGAAAUUGAAAAAUAGGCCGCAGCAUUGAUCAUGAUUUUUAGUUGAAUUGGCCCCUGAAGUUCCACGAAUGAGCCGCUGUCAAGGUACUUCAGCUUGUUAGUUGACAAACUUUUACAUUUGUGGUGAACCAAAACGUUUUUAAAAAUAUAUAUGUUUUCCUUUGAGACAUAUGUAAUAUUUUUGCAGUUUUUCUCUCUGUUGUGAAACUAAACAAAUAUGAAUGGAUGAAAUAUAAAACUGUCAAAUGUUCUGCCUGUAAUUUAUAUUUUUAAAAAAGUUAUCUUGCUCAUUACAAAAAAUUUUUAAUCUGUCUAUUUAUCAUGUUUUUUUAAAAAUUCUGCCUAAUAUCGGGAUCGGCCUCAAAAAGUCCAUAUUGGUUGGGCCUUAAUCUUGUUACUAAAUUCCCGGGUCGCGUCCACACAAACAAUCCAAUAUUAGAACCAAAUUCUGUGCUGUGGCCUCUCUUUUUUUUUCAAUUUCCAAGCCAAAAAUAUAAAGAUGGAAAAAUGAGUUGACUUUUUCUAUCAGAUUAAAAAAUAAUAAUAAUAAUGAAACGAGUGACUUUUUCGCUUGCCAGCUGAAAAUGGAAACGACAAUUGAUACGCCGAUUCGUUUCGUCAUUGAUGGCACGUCAGGGGUUCACUGUCUUCGGAACCUUGUCCCAUGGUGUUGCUGUGCCAAAGCUUCUCCUCAGGACCUCCGAAUGUCCUUCGCAGCACACGUCUCGCUCACUUCAGCCUGUGGACUUUGUGUGUAUUCUCCUAAUCCCCUCAUCCCUAAAAAUGGAGUAUUGUAUUGCUUAAUGAAGUAUUUAAGUUAUUAGAAAGAAUCUAUUUCGCUCAGUAGAUGCUGCUUCUCUUCUCUCUUCGGCCCGCCAUCUAUGCUGUUCGUUAGAGUUUUUGGCCUCUUUGGAUAAGAAGCUGGAUAAAGACCUCAUAGCCUGCCUUUGCGCCCACUGGCACUAGCACUGAGUGCCGGCGACGUAAACGGCGACGGCGGCACCAUUCGUUCGAGAUUUAAUGCCUCCCGUUGCUAAGAAACGAGCCCCGCAAUGUCGCCGGUGGGCUCGCGAUGACGGCCAGUCGUUCUUUGGCGGCGUUCCCGCUGUCCAAACUUGAGACUUGGUCCUCUGGGUCAAGAGCUCUAAAAAAAAGGUGCAUCAUGUUCGAUUCGUCCCAAGCAUCACCACCACUGUAAGAGUGACUCAACAUGCAUUUCAUCUGUCCACCGCUUUGGACGGCUGAGCACCCAAGUUCUUAUAGUGGCCUUGAAAUUGUCUAGAAGAAGAAAAAAAAAACAUUACUAUAGUUUUUGUCACUUAACAAGGUGCAAUUGAGAAUCCCCCUCCUGAUUCUAUGUAUAUGCAAUGUAAACAAAUGUGCUGGGAAAUGUAUUUGGAUGUGUUCCUUCAUUUUUAUAAUGUGCAGUCACUUCUACCCUGUGUCUUUGGGCACAUUUAUGUGGCUUUAUGUGAAAAAUAGUUUUUUUUUUUCUUUCUUUUUAAGAUAUGAAAUGUGAGCUGAUGUUUUUUGAUAUGCCAUCUACUGUUUCUGUCCACUGUGUCAUCCUGAGACAAAAAAAUAUAUAUAUGGCUGUUUGGUACAGUUGAUGAACUUAAAAGGUGUCUCUUGCUCUUUUUGUAUAUAGUCGACUGGGGCGGGCGUGAGAAUUCUGUGAAAUGCGUGUCAUUGAUUCGGGCUCCAAAUAAUCAUUGUUCAAUCUGUCGAUUAAUCACUGGAUCGGAUAAAAAAGGCAGU